AAAGAAAAAAUUUCACAAAAAAGAAAAAUCUUUAUUUUGAACCAAAAAACUUCGAACGAAUCAUCAUUUGGGAAUUCGAACGAAUCAUCAACAACCGACAAAAAAAACAAGAUGCGUUUCACAAAUGUUGUUAUGUGGUCAUUUUUUACCGCAUUUUUUCUUCUUUAUUUAAUGGCCAUACGUUUAGUACGUGGUCAAUUUAUAUUAUCAUCAUCAUCAACAACGAAUCAUCCACAACAACAAAAAUUUAUUGAUUUUAAUUAUCAUAAUCAUGAAUCAAUGGAAACAAUAAUGCGUACAUUUGCACAAACAUAUCCAAAAUUAUGUCAAUUAUAUAGUAUUGGAAAAUCUGUACAAGGACGUAAUCUAUGGGUAUUACUUAUAACAAAAAAUCCUAGCAGCAGUAAUGAUGAUGAUACAUUAUUAAAACCAAAUGUAAAAUAUGUUGCUAAUAUGCAUGGAAAUGAAGCUGUUGGUCGUGAAUUAUUAUUACAUCUAAUUGAAUAUUUAUUAACAAAUUAUGAAAAUGAUCCAUAUAUUCGUAGUCUUGUUGAUAAUACCCGUAUACAUUUGAUGCCAUCAAUGAAUCCCGAUGGAUUUGAAUCAUCACGUGAAGGACAAUGUAUUGGUGGUAAUGGUCGUUUUAAUAUGAGAGGAAUUGAUUUAAAUCGAAAUUUUCCCGAUAAAUUUACUAUGCGUAAUGAAAAAGAGCAGGAAGAAGUUUCAGCAAUACGUCGUUGGUUAGAACAUAUACCAUUUGUUUUAUCAGCAAAUUUACAUGGUGGUGCAUUAGUUGCUAGUUAUCCAUAUGAUAAUACACCUGUUAAUAUGUUAUCAAGAUGGAAACUAUCAUAUGAACCAUCAUUAACACCGGAUAAUGAUGUUUUUAAACAUUUAGCCGAAGUUUAUUCAUUUAAUCAUCAAACAAUGUAUCAGGGAAAGCCAUGUCCAGAUGGUUCAAGUGAAUCAUUUCCAAAUGGUACAACUAAUGGUGCAAAAUGGUAUCCUUUUUCAGGUGGUAUGCAAGAUUAUAAUUAUGUACAUGGUUCAUGUAUGGAGAUAACAUUAGAAUUAUCAUGUUGUAAAUAUCCACCACAUAGUCAAUUACCAGAAUUUUGGCGUCAAAAUAAAAAUGCCUUGAUUGCCUAUCUAAAUGAAGUACAUCGUGGUUUGCGUGGUUUAAUAACCGAUCAACAUGGUCAACCUGUCGCUAAUGUUCAAUUGAAAAUAAAAGGUCGUGAUAUACCAUUCAAAUCAACAAAACGUGGUGAAUUUUGGCGUAUAUUAUUACCCGGUAAUUAUCAAUUACAAGCAAAAGCAAUCGGUUAUCAAACAUUAGAAAAAUCAUUUCAAAUUAAUGAUGGACAAAUUACUUAUCUAAAUUUGGAAUUAAAACCAUCAUAUGGACAACAGUUGCCGUUAACAAGUAAUAAUGAUGAUAAUCCUAAUCAAUUCGCUCAUCAUAAUCAUAAUGUAUUAUCAUUACCAUCAUCAUCAUCGUUAUCAUUUUGGCCAUCAUCAUCAUCAACAGUGAAUGAUCAUUCAACAUCAUCAUCGAUGACAACAUUAAAACCGGGAAUAAAUUUUGGAUUAUGGUCAGAUUGGAGUUCACGGAAUCGUUUACAACAAUUAGCAACAGAUAUUUUUGGUAAACAAUUACCAAAACGUAAUUCACAAUCCUCAUCAUCCGUUUCAACAUUACGACAACCAUCAUCGAUUACAAAUCUAAUAAAUCAAUUUACAUCGAAUAUGAAUAAUAAUCAAAAUAAUAAUAAUAAUCGUCGUUUUACAUAUGUUUGGCAUCCACGAUCAUGGAUUGAUUUGAUCUCUAAUUAUAAUCAACAACAACAACAACAACGAUAAUUAAAUUAAUUAAUUUCUCUCUCUGUGUGUGGGAUUAGUAAUUAUUAUUUUUCUUCGUUGAUGUUGACACUUGAAGAAAAAUGAUUUAUAAUUUUUUUUUCUUACUCUUUUUUUUCAAAUGUCAAAUUUUGUCUCUCAUUUUUCCACCCACGCACUGACUUGAUAUAUAUUUUUUUAAUAUUUGAAAUGGGUGAUAAAAUACAAUGAAAUAAAUAAAUUAUAAUGAAACAAC